AUGGAGUGCAUUCGGUCACAUCCCAACAUUACCAGCGAAAAAGUUGUAGAUCAAGAUUUGUUGACAGACUUCCGUUUUGACAUGGUACACUUAGAAAAAGUUGUAGAUCAAGAUUUGUUGACAGACUUCCAUUUUGACAUCGAUGGUACACUUAGUACUACACGAAAUAUGCUUACACAAAUAGUGAAGGUGCUGAUGUUUAUCCACCAGUGCGGAUAUUGUCACACGGGAUUACAAAGUCAUUAUUAUUUCGUUUUCACUAAAAGAAGUGGUCUGUUAGAGUUGGAUAUUGGUGGGGUGAAGAACUUGGAAGUGUACCACCUCUAUGGAGUGCUUUCAGUCACAUCCCAACAUGAAGUUAUAGAUCAAGAUUUGUUGACAGACUUCCGUUUUGACAUCGAUGGUACACUCAGUACUACACGGAAUAUGCUUACACAAAUGGUGAAGGUGCUGAUGAAGUGGUCUGUUAGAGCUGGAUAUUGGUGGGGUGAAGAACUUGGAAGUUCUUCACCCCACCAAUAUCCAGUUCUAAAAGACCAUUUCCUUCAGUCAAAACGAAAGAAUAAUGACUUUGUAAUCCCGUGUGACAAUAUCUGCACUGGUGAAUAA